AUGCCUUCUGAAUACUCUUCACCUCCAGUUUACUCCACUUCAAAUGGGUUUAAAUACUCUCAUCAUCCAUACGGUGCACAAUACUCGCGUCCAGAUGGUCCACUUUUACUACAGGAUAACCAUUUGAUAGAAUCUCUAGCUAGAUUCGAUAGGGAAAGAAUUCCCGAAAGAGUUGUCCAUGCCAAAGGUGGCGGAUGUCAUAUCGAAUUUGAACUCACUGAUUCGUUAUCUGACAUCACAUAUGCAGCACCAUACCAAUCUCCCGGUUACAAGUGUCCUGGUAUCAUAAGAUGCAGUACCGUUGGCGGUGAAUCAGGGGCUCCAGAUACAGCCAGAGAUCCAAGAGGUUUCAGUUUCAAGUUUUACACGAAAUGGGGGAACCAUGACUGGGUGUUCAACAAUACACCGGUGUUCUUCAUCAGAGAUGCAAACAAGUUCCCUCAUUUUAUUCACACUCAAAAGAGAUCCCCAAGGAAUCAUUUGGGACAGGCUUCUGAUACUUCCAUGUAUUGGGAUUAUUUGACUCAAAAUAUCGAGUCCAUCCAUCAAAUCACGUAUAUGUUCGGUGAUAGAGGCACUCCAGCUUCUUGGUCUGACAUGAGUGCAUAUUCCGGUCACACUUAUAAGUUUAUCAAUGCUGAAGGUAAGUUGACUUACGUGCAAAUUCAUGUGUUACCAGAGAAUGGAUUCAAGACUCUUUCAUUGGAAGAAGCCAAUAAGUUAGCUGGUGAAAAUCCUGAUUAUAAUAACCAAUUGUUGUUCGAAAAGCUAGAAGCCGGUGAACGUCCAAAAUUUAAUUGCUAUGUUCAGACGAUGACCCCUGAGCAAGCAGAAAAUUUCAGGUAUUCCAUUAACGAUUUGACCAAGAUUUGGCCACAUAAGGAAUUCCCAUUGCGCAAGUUCGGUACCAUUACCCUAACCCAUAACGUCGAUAACUAUUUCGAAGAAAUCGAGCAACUUGCUUUCUCUCCAUCAAACACCUGUAUUCCAGGUAUCGAGCCAUCCAACGAUUCUGUCUUGCAAUCCAGAUUAUUCUCGUACCCAGACACUCAACGUCACAGACUUGGUACCAACUUUAUGCAGUUACCAGUCAAUAGACCCGUGAAUAUGGGUAGAGAAGCUUGUCCAUUUGCAGGUGCGAAUUUCCAAAGAGAUGGGCCAAUGUGUAUGUUCAACUUCAAGGACCAACCAAACUAUAUCGCUUCUUCCGGUAAAAACCUUGUUCAGUUCAACACAUUGGAUGACAACAAUGCCAAGUCAACGCACGAAAGAUUUACUGGUGUUGUAUUAGAAGAGGAUGUUGUCGCUGAAAUAAAGAGACAAGAAGAAAACCGUGUAGAACAUGAACGUGUUGUUAACGGUAAGAUCAACGAAUAUUAUAUUGUCAAUGGUGCAUCUCCAGUCGAUUUGGAACAACCAAGAGCUCUAUACGAAAAGGUGUACAACGACAAGGAUAAGAAGACAUUCGUCAAAAACGUUGUUGCACAUGCUUCUAAGAUCUCCAAUCCGGAAAUUAAGACUCGUGUGUCUCAAUACUUCGGUCUUUUGAAUGAAGAUUUGGGUAAACAGAUCGCUGAAGGCCUUGAAAUCCAAUGGGAGCCAGUUUCUUUCGAAACAUAUGCCCGGAGAAUCAGUAUCGCCAGUGCUUUCUAA